CUUGAUUUAAAACAAUUUUAAACAUAAAAUUUGAAGUUCCCUUCCUCCUGCAACUUGAGCUCCAUGGCUGCAAAUCGAACUUCAAAUGGUGAUAGUUUUGAAGAAAAGGAAGGUAAAGCAGUGUACACCCCAAAUGAUGAUAAUACUACUGGUAAUGGCAAUGGUGAUGUCGUCAUAACUCCAACAAAAGAGACUGGAUGCAUAUCUACUUCAUCAACAAAAAGAACAAGAGGUUCUAAAAUCUUUCCAAAAGAAUGGACUGAAAAUUGGGAAGUUAAAGAGAAGCUACGAAGCGACGGAUCUAAAAUUGAGAAGUCAUAUCGUCAUAAGAAAGAAGGUUUUACUUGCCGUUCUUUCAAAGCUGUGGAAGAUUAUGAAAAAUAUGGAACACUUCCCAAACGCAAAAGAAAAGAAAAAGAAAUCAUCAAUGUUAAAGAAGAAGUCAAAGAAAAAGAAAUCGUCAAUGUUAAAGAAGACGUCGAAGAGGAACUUUCUAAGAAGAAAAAAGAAGAAGCUGAACUUAAUCGAAUCCGUGUUGAAAAGUUCCUUGCAGAUGCUCAUUACAAUUUACUUCACUGGUUUGACUAAUAAGGUUGCUAUGCUUUUUAAAUAAGGUUGCUAUGAUGAAUAAUACUGAUUUUCAUGAAAUAAAUUGCUUCAAAAACUAUAGCUCGUAUAAUAUGGCGGUGUUUCCUCCCUUCAUUGCGUUUGUUUUGAAUUGUACUUUUUAAUAAUAUUG